GAGCCCCAUCAUGGCGCAGGGGCAGCGUAAGUUCCAGGCGCAGCGGCCGGCCAAGAGCAAGGCGGCGUCGGCGGCGGCGGAUCGCAGCCGGGGCCCGAGGAAAGGCGGCCGGAUCAUCGCCCCCAAGAAAGCGCGCAUCGUGCAGCAGCAGAAGCUGCGGAAGGACCUCGAGGUGGGGAUCCGGAAGAAGAUCGAGCACGACGUGGUGCUGAAGGCCAGCAGCAGCCUCCCCAAGAGGCUGGCGCUGCUGCAGGCGCCGGCCGACAAGAAGGGGGCCAAGAAGGGGGCCGGGGCUGGCAAGGGCGCGAGCAAGGCGGGCUCCUGAGGGGCGGGGCGACGCCGGGGAACGCCCCCCGCGCUGGUGGACACGCCCAACGCUACCGGGACACGCCCACUGCGGCAGCCACGCCCCUGCGCCCCGCCCACGGCCCCCAGCGCUGCUGUGACCGCCCACAUCUAUGGACACGCCCACUAUGCUGGUCAAGCCACAGCCCCGCCCCGGCCGCAGGUGGG